GUUUUGCUGCCAGAGCGGAAACCAGGGCUUUCAGCGGGCCAGAGGUGCUCCCUCCCCUCCGUUCUCCAUUUGACUCGGUCAAUCCCACCACCACCCUACUUUCCCACAUGACCAAUGAGUCGUCAUCGUCGUUUUAUUCCAAAGUUUCCAAUUGCCAUGACAAAGCUCAACAUGUACAAUUUCACGCAAUAAACGAUCCACCACUCACUCUAGUACUUCUGCCAUAUCUUCCUUUGCAGUCCAGCAGUACCUGCUACUAGGUUUUUCACUCCAACGGCCAUAGCCGAAGCUGAUGAUGCCAAUGAUGGAGAUUUAGCUCACCAACCCUAAGCCCUGAAUCUGUGUGGAGAGAGAGCCUUGGAGCCUGCGAGGUCAAUGUGUAUCACCUUGCCAGUGGAUACCUGUGUAGAUACAAACAAGAUACUGAACACGGAGGAAUUUGUCUAAGUUGUGCGCUUGCUUAAGAGCGUGACUUGCUCCUCACCCCCUGCAGACUCCCUCCCGCGUCUGCCUCCCGUCAUUGCAGAGUUUCAGAGCGUCCCAGGACUCAACAGGAAGCAGUUAAAGUGAAACUCACUGUUGGAGCACUGUUCUCUUCGCGUAGCCGUUGCACCAGACGCCGUGUUUCUUUGGUCUGUAAAGCUGCCUUGGUGCUGUGGCAGCUCUUCAUCCAACUUCUGGUUUUGAAGUAUACUAGUCUGGAGCAUUCUAGGGCACGUGUGUCGGGCUUUGAGUUUCUUCUAAGCGAGAGAGGGCUGUCAUAAGAAGUUUCUAGGGAGACGAAGGCACUUGGUGGUCAGACAGCACUUGUUGUGUGCCUGGAGGGAGAAAGAAACGAGGUCCAAAAUGUGGGAACUUUUGGAUAUACACAUUCCUGCUGUGUUGUUGCUACCGAUUAUAGCAUGCGCCUAUGGCGUAUGGUUUUGUUGUCAGCGGUCCACGAAAACUAGCCAUGUUCGCCGAAGCGAAUUUCAAAGACUCCAGCAAGCGGCGAUGCGAGAGCAGGCGAUGGCCGAAAGAGAGCUGGAAGAGGAUUACAGGCGGCAUAAACAGGUAGAGUCUCAGGAUUUUCGCCGCAGAGCGUCGCCAGGAAACGGUUAUGGACACGAUAUAGGGAUAGGAGAGUGGAGGGAGGAUAGAAGAGGAUAUAGGGACUCUGAGGCUGAUCCUCGCAGAAGGAAGCAAGUUGUAGAACAGGAACAGCACAGGAGGCAUGAAGAAGCUGAAUUACAACGCAGACGGCAAGUUGAAGAAGACGAGAAGCACAGGAAACGAGAGGAAGCGGAUUACAUCCGAAGAAAGGAAGAGGCUGAUGCUCUUCGGAAGCAAGCGGAGAUGGAAGACCGCAAACGCAGAGAAGAAGCUGAGAAUGAGUUGAGGAGACAAGAAGAAGAAGAGCAAGAAUGGCAGAGAAGGAAAGCAGACUUAGAAGCUCAAGCCAAGCGAGAGGCCGAGGAAGAGCGUAGGAGACGAGCCGCCGCAGCAGAAGAGGACGCUCGUAGAAGGUGGAAAGAGGAGGAAGCAGGCAGGCUAGAAACUGCCCAAUUUUCUCCUAGAAACGUCCAGGGUCUUAGCUGUGUUGUGUGUCAGAAGCCCACAAGACGGCGAUGCUCUCGCUGCAAGAGCAUCAGUUACUGCUCUCGAGAAUGUCAAGUGAAACAUUGGUCCGACGGACACAAGUACAAUUGUAAGUCACGUGAUAAUCUUUCCAGCCCCAGGAGCUCCAUUGAUGGUGAUACUUUCUGACAACCUACGAAAUAACCUAUUGCAUCAUCUAGAUGGCUUUGCGCUGUCCUGUGGGAUGUGCAGAGAAUUUUAGGAAGACAUAUUGAGAGGCGUGUCGGGGGUUUUGAGCUUAUAAAAGAGGCACACUAUGUAUGAGGUACUGUAUCGUGGCUUGUGUUCCACUUUCAAACAUUUUUUCUGCUAUUGUUAAAUAUCAACCUUGUUAGGCAGGUAAGGAAUAUCUCGUGAUUAUUUGCUGAAUUCAGGAGGAUGUAUUCACUCCUCUGGUGGUAUGUUGUCCUUCACAAUUCGAGUGUUUCUACGUGUUCGCUCUUGGAGUGGUGUCACUGAUAAUGUUCGUUCGGGCAAGCCACUGAGGUUCAGUGUGAAAAUUAGUGAAUGGAACGGUAAAGAGUUACCAUGCAGUAAAUGUUUACUAUCAAAUGCUUUGAGAUGUGGUGAUCUGCACUGUAACCAUUCGUAAUGUAUGGCACAGCAAUUUCCCACUGGAGGGCAAAGAGCUGGAUUGCGUAGUUCGAAAUUAAUUGCGAACUUCCUGAUUCCUCGACAAUGUUUCGCUAUCGACUUCUCGUAAAUGGGUUCAGUUAGGCGUUCUUGGAUCCAGCACACUACUUGGGGUACCAUUGCUACUGACUGCCUUGUCAGAUGGAUCGGAGUUAGUUUGUAUAGAAUUGAGUUCAGCUGCCAUUUUGCAACUCCUGGAACGCUUCGGUUUAGCCUGGCAUGCAGUGCAUUGUGUAGUAUUUCAGUUUGCAGUAAAAAAUUCAGGUGUUGAUACUCUCAGAUAUGCAAUUGACUUGUAAUUUGCAUUUGAAUAUGCACUGUCCAACUCCAUCUUUACAUUAA